AACCCAAUUGACGGCGGGGGAGUGAUCUCACAAAAAGUUGAGGUCUGUGCCUCUAUCUCGGGAUGAUGAUGAUGAUGAGCCUUUCUCAGGCCAAUGAAGAUUGUCGCAGCAGCUAGGCUGCCAUUUCCCCCUUAUGUGUCUACUCCUGUAACUUUAAUUUGACGAGUUCCUUUUGUUUUCUUCUUAAACCGUCUUCUGCUUCACCUGCAAAGUUUCUAGAUUCUUUUUGUACGAUGAUUGAUGUCUUAAGAAUGGCUGGAUUUAGAUGAUUCCUCAGUUUCGCGGAUUAUUAUUUGUAUAGUAAACAGUUUACAUGGGUAAGGAGUCGGAUUCGAACGAUUCCAAUGGAUGGAACCGUGCUCGGGGGCUGGUGGUGAAGACUCUAGUACUCCUUGGAGGUGCACUUCUGGUGAAGCGACUAAGUAAGUCUACCACACGUUGGGACCAUGCUCGUAUUGUCUCUCAGUCCCUCGCCGGCGAAAAGUAUUCAAAAGAGCAAGCCUCCAGAGACCCGGAUAAUUAUUUCAAUAUUAGAAUGCUCACGUGCCCUGCGGCAGAUCUAGUGAAUGGUUCAAAUGUCCUGUAUUUUGAACAGGCAUUUUGGAGGACUCCACAAAAGCCCUUUCGACAGAGGUUUUUAAUGGUGAAACCUUGUCCAAAAGAGUUGAAAUGCGAUGUUGAGUUAAGUACAUAUGCCAUUAGAGACAUGGAGGAGUACAAGAACUUUUGUGAUCGCCCAAAGGAUCAGCGUCCACAGCAAGAAGAAGUCAUUGGGGACAUUGCAGAGCAUUUGACAACAAUACAUCUGAAGCGCUGUCCGCGUGGAAAACGCUGCUUAUAUGAAGGUUCAACCCCUCCUGGCGGGUUUCCUAAUUCAUGGAAUGGAGCAUCCUACUGUACUACCGAACUCACAGUCAUGAAAAAUAAGGAGAUACAAACCUGGGAUAGGGGUUAUGAUGACAAUGGAAAUCAAGUUUGGGGGCCGAAGGAAGGACCUUAUGAGUUCAAGCCCGCACCAACCUCCAGUUUCAACGAUAUGUUUUCUCCCUUGAACUUCCCCCCUCCACCAUCCAUGGAGAGAAGAAUAGAGGGUUCAUUUAUCUUGCAAGAAUGAAGAGAAAAAUUCAUCAUGAAUUUAUCUUGUUUCAGGAUCUUUUUAAGAGGAAGCAGCCGCUUUCCCCAACUGGGGAUGAAGCUAUUGCGAAGCUCCAAAGGCUGCAGAGUUAGGAAAUUGAGAGCAUUGAAAAGAAAAUGACCUUAAAUCAUUGUGGAAUAGCCCCAGAUGGUGCCUUUCAUGCAAAAUGUGUAAUUGCUUUAUUUUACACGGCCGCAACACCCAUUUUCGUAGGUCUUCAGUCAUCAGUAGUAUCUUACUGUCAAUAGUGUAGUUCGAUAUUAUAAGCAACAGCCAAUAAAUAGGUCGCUGUUCUCUCGAUCGGUCAAACAUUGCAUGAGUUUUUCUAGCACAUUCAUGUAAAGAUUUAUAUAGGUUCCUUGAAGCUAUUUGCGUGGUUGCAUUA